GGGUUUGUGGUUUGUGUGAGACGCGCCAGGACUUAGUGUCAUCUCACCCCGUUAGGAGUAGGCUUUGUACGAGGCUUUUAUCCAGCGCUGAGAGCACGGGCGAAGGAUUGCUUUAUACCAGAAAUAAUGUUGAUAUUUAGAACCCAUGUCGAACAUCUAUGAAGAAAAACAAACAAUGAUUGCAGCAGGGGAUUUGCAGGAGUUUGUUCCUUUAGGCCGUGACCACAGCAAGCACCACCCCAAUGCACUGAACCUUCAGUUACGGCAGCUGCAGCCAGCCUCUGAACUGUGGUCCUCUGAUGGGGCAGCAGGCUUGGUAGGAUCACUUCGGGAGGUAACCAUUCACGAAAAGAAUAAGGAAAGCUGGCAGCUAAGGAAAGGUGUUGGUGAUCCUGGAGAAGAUGCAGAGUAUGAUGAAGAACUAUAUGUAGCUGGGAAUGUGGUGAUAUGGAGUAAAGGGAGUAAAAUCCAAGCAUCUACUGUAUAUAAGGCAUUUACUGUUGACAGCCCAGUGGUACAGGCUCUGUGGUGUGAUUUUACCAUAUUUAAUGAUAAAAAUGAUAAUGAGACUGAUGAAGGCAAAUUAGAGAAGUGCGUAUGUGUGCUGCAGAGCUCCUGUAUAAAUGUGCAUAACACUGAUGGGAAGGAUUACAUUGCGCCUUUGCCUUUCCAGGUUGCCAACGUUUGGCCUACCAAAUAUGGCCUACUUUUUGAGCGUAACAGUAACAGUACCUUACAUGAAGUUCCCCAAAGUCCACCAAGAGAACCUCUUCCAACCAUCUUUAGCAUGUUGCAUCCAUUAGAUGAAAUAACUCCAUUGGUUUCCAGAUCGGGAGGAAUAUUUGGCAGCUCAAGAGUGCAUUAUGUUUCAGACCCCACACUGAGGAUUGUUUUCACCCAUUCUGAUCCUUCUAUAGUAAUGACUUACGAUACCGUGCAAGGCUCUCAUACUGUCUGGGCUCUACGGAAGGUGAAAGCUGAGGAACAGAAUGCAGUGUUAAAUCUUGAGCAGAUUGGUACCCCCCAGCAUGGAAUGACCACAAGCUCUUUAACGGCUCAUCUCAGAAGUGUCUCGAAAGGAGAAUCUCCAACAGCAUCUCCUUUUCAGAACUUUUCUUCCCUGCACAGCCAGAGUCGCUCUGUAUCCUCUCCUAGUAUUCACUCUAGAUCACACUCUCCUUCUAUCUCUAAUAUGGCUGCUUUGAGCCGUUCCCACUCACCUGCAUUAGGGGUGCAUUCAUUUGCUGGCGUACAACGGUUCAACUUCUCAAGCAAUACCCCAUCACCAAAGAGAUUAGGUGCUUCUGGUUCCCCUAAUAGCACAUCCAGUGACUUCCUUUCUGUUGAAACUGAGCCAAUAGUUCCAGAACUAUGCCUUGACCACCUGUGGACAGAAACUGUUGCAAACAUAAGAGAAAAGAAUUCUCAGGCCACAAAAGUAUUCAUUACAACUGAUCUUUGUGGCCAGAAGUUUUUGUGCUUCCUUUUAGAAUCUUUUCAUCAACUGCGCCUGGUAAAGUUUGAAGAAAGCAAUGAUAAGUCCCAGCUAAUCUUUGGUUCGGUUACUAAUAUCUCUGCAAAGGAUGCUGCUCCAGUAGAGGCCAUUGACACUAUGGUGGUCCUGGAGAACAAUGGGAACUUGGUCCUGUAUACUGGAGUGGUUCGUGUUGGAAAGAUUUUCAUUCAAGGAUUAGCUGCUCCAUCGCUCGGCAUGUCCAAUCCAAUGCCUCGUCCUAGCACUCCUCUGGAAAGCAUCAGCACCCCUGCAAAGCCAUUAAAUAAACACCUUGCUCCUAUGGAUGAGGCUGGUAUGCUGUCUCCUGUGCCAGAGUUGCGGGAUUCCACCAGGCUGCACGAGUCUACCUAUUUGGAUGACUGUACAUUCCACCAGUUUGGGACAUAUAUUCAUUCUGUGCGAGACCCUGUGCACAACAGAUUGACUUUGGAAAUUAACAAUGGAUCCAUGGUUAGGAUCAGUAUCCCAGACAUUGCAACAUCAGAACUGGUUAAAAAAUGCCUGCAAGCCAUUAAGUACAUCCUGCCAAAAGAAAUAGCUGUUCAAAUGCUUGUCAAAUGGUACAACUGUCAUAAUGCACCAGGAGGGCCAACAAACCACUCUGAAUGGAAUAUGUUUGUUACUUGCCUUAUGAACAUGAUGGGUUACAACACAGACAAGCUGUCCUGGACUCGCAAUUGUGAUUUUGAAGGAUCAUUAUCGCCUGUGAUUGCUCCUAAAAAGGCAAGACCUUCUGAAACUGGAUCUGAUGAGGACUGGGAAUAUUUAAUCAAUUCUGACUAUCACCGGAAUGUUGAAACCCACAUUUUGGCCAGAGCCCUGCAAUUGGAUUCCUUAGAUGCGCUGGUAGCAAAGGAUGACAUCCAAAAUGUAGUAAGCUUGGACUCCUCUGCUCUUCUCUUCAGCCACGCUCCUGCCAUUUUCUAUGUCCUUCAUCUGACAUACGAAGAACUAAAACUGAAUACAUUAAUGAGAGAAGGGAUUCAGUCUUUAGUAAUGCUGCUACUACAGUUGGCAAGGGAUUUAAAUUUGGACACUUACAUGGACUUCUACUUCAGAGACUAUCCAACUCUUGUCAAAACCACGAACCAGACAUGUCGUAUUGAGCCAACCCAAAUUGGUUUCAUGAAUUAUCCUUCCUUUUUCACUGCCGAACCACCCAGCAUCUACCACUGGUUAAGCUCUCGUCUGAAAGGGGAAAAAGUGACCCCUUACCCCUACCUUCCUGGAAUUUGCGAGAGAAGCAAACUUGUAGUUCUGAGUUUUGCCUUGUACAUACUUGGAGAUGAGACUGCUGUGCUGCAUGAGCCAAGGAAAUACCUUUGCAAAAUUACUGCAGGACAAAGAAAACAGCAGCUGGGUGAUGACAGAAGGUACAGCUUGAAGCCUACUCCCUCUGUUUCAGGCCUGUCUGAGAAACUAGUUGUAUGGAUGACCAAUAUAGGAUUUACUCUGCAAGACUUGGAAUCAUUACCCUUUGGUGUGGCCCUUCCCAUCAGGCAUGCUAUCUAUCAAUGCCGGCAGCAGCCUGCUUCUGACUGGGCACAAGGUGUCUGCAUUCUUAUUGGGCGGCAAGAUCUCUCCAAACAGGCUUGUGAUGGCAAUCUUCCCAAGGCAAAACCUUCUGCAGGUCCGGUGCCUUCGCCAGAGGUACCUCCUGCAGCAGAUGCUGAAGAGGAAGAUGAUGGAAUGAAUGAUUUGAAUCAGGAAGUGAUGUCUUUGAUUUGGAGUGAAGACUUACGAGUGCAAGAAGUGCGCAGGCUUCUUCAGAGUUCCCACCCUGUGCGUGUGAAUGUAGUCCAGAUGCCUGAAGUCAGUGAUCAUGAGUUCAUAGAGGAGAAAGAAAACAGGUUGCUACAGCUGUCUCAGAGGACAAUGGCUCUUCCUGUUGGACGUGGAAUGUUUACCUUGUUUUCUUACCACCCUGUUCCCACCGAACCAUUACCUAUUCCUAAGCUGAAUCUCACAGGGCGUGCUCCACCAAGGAAUACAACUGUAGAUCUCAACAGUGGAAACAUUGAUGUACCGCCAAACAUGGCUUGUUGGGCUAACUUUCACAAUGGAGUUGCUGCAGGUCUGAAAAUUGCUCCUGCUUCACAGAUAGAUUCCGCAUGGAUUGUCUACAACAAACCUAAAAACGCUGAGCUUGCAAAUGAAUAUGCAGGGUUUCUUAUGGCUCUGGGCUUAAAUGGACAUCUCACAAAGUUAGCUACCCUGAAUAUACAUGACUAUCUCACUAAGGGGCAUGAGAUGACCAGCAUUGGAUUGCUUCUUGGUGUUUCAGCUGCAAAGCUUGGUACUAUGGACAUUUCAAUAACACGGCUUCUUAGCAUUCAUAUUCCUGCUCUGUUGCCUCCUACUUCCACUGAGCUGGAUGUCCCACACAAUGUGCAGGUGGCUGCUGUGAUUGGCAUCGGUCUGGUUUACCAGGGUACUGCGCACAGACACAUUGCAGAGGUCCUACUUGCAGAAAUAGGCCGGCCACCAGGACCUGAAAUGGAGUACUGCACUGACAGAGAAUCUUACUCUUUGGCAGCUGGACUUGCUCUCGGCAUGGUUUGCCUUGGGCAUGGAAGCAAUCUAAUUGGAAUGUCCGACCUAAAUGUUCCAGAACAACUGUACCAGUAUAUGGUAGGAGGCCACAAACGCUCCCAUGUUGGUGUGAGCAGAGAAAAACACAAGUCCCCCAGUUAUCAGAUCAAGGAAGGAGAUACUAUUAAUGUUGACGUGACAUGCCCAGGAGCCACUCUGGCAUUAGCUAUGAUCUACCUGAAAACCAACAACAGGUCCAUUGCUGAUUGGCUUCGGGCACCAGACACAAUGUACUUACUCGAUUUUGUAAAACCGGAAUUCCUUUUAUUAAGGACUCUCGCAAGAUGUCUAAUAUUAUGGGAUGACAUUCUUCCAAAUGCUCAGUGGGUAAACAGCAAUGUGCCCCAGAUCAUUACAGACAAUAGCAUAUCACUGAAUGCUACAGAACAACCUUCAUCAGAAGACCUAAACCUGGAAACACUAGCGCAAGCUCAUGUUUACAUUAUUGCUGGGGCUUGUUUGGCCUUAGGUUUUCGAUUUGCAGGAACUGCAAAUUUGUCUGCAUUCAACUGCCUGUGCAAAUUUGCAAAAGACUUUGAAUGUUUAUCUGCUCAAGCUGCUGGAAUAACAGGUCACUAUAACUUGGAGACUUGCCUUAGUGUUGUGCUGCUGUCCCUAUCCAUGGUUAUGGCUGGCUCUGGGAAUUUAAAAGUGCUUCAGCUGUGUCGCUUUAUGCAUAAGAAAACUGGAGGGGAGAUGAAUUAUGGAUUCCAUCUGGCUCAUCACAUGGCCUUGGGACUUUUGUUCCUGGGUGGGGGCAGGUAUUCACUGAGCACAUCCAAUUCAUCAAUUGCAGCCCUCCUUUGUGCCCUGUAUCCUCACUUCCCUGUUCACAGCACAGAUAACAGGUAUCACCUGCAAGCUCUCCGCCACCUGUAUGUGCUUGCAUCAGAACCCAGGCUCCUUGUGCCAGUUGAUGUAGAUACUAACUUGCCGUGUUAUGUGUUGCUGGAGGUUACAUACAAGGGCACCCAGUGGUAUGAAGAAACAACUGAAGAGCUUAUGGCACCUACUUUGCUCCCAGAGUUCCAUCUCCUCAGACAGAUUAAAGUGAAAGGACCACGAUAUUGGGAAAUUGUCAUAGAUUUGCGCAAAGGAACUGAACAUCUCAAAUCAAUUCUUUCAAAAGACGGUGUCUUGUAUGUAAAAUUGCGUGCUGGGCAGCUGUCCUACAAGGAGGACCCUAUGGGAUGGAGAAGUUUGCUGGCACAGGCUGUCACCCGCAGAAACUCUGAAGUCCUCACAUUUAAGCCUGAGGCCAUUUCUGCUUUUACAUCGGAUCCAGCCCUCCUGUCAUUUGCUGACUACUUCUGCAAAUCAACAACCGAUAUGGGCCAGAAACAAGACAUCCUGGAUCUGUUUUCCUCCAUCCUGUAUGAGUGUGUGACACAAGAAAACCCAGAGAUGCUCCCGGCCUAUAUUGCAAUUGACCAGGCUGUGAGGAGAUUAGAAAGGAGAGAAACAACAGAGACAUUUGAACUGUGGCAGAUUAAGCUUGUUCUAGAGUUCUUCAGCUCAGCAGGCCUCCAAGAACGAAUGAAGAAGAACUCAAACAGAGGGCUUUUCAUGAACUCUGAGUUCCUGCCAAUAAUGAAAUGCACCAUUGAUAAUACUCUAGACCAGUGGCUGCAAGCAAACGGAGAUGUGGCGCUGCAUUCCUAUCUAGCUGCCCAGGCUGUUGAAGAUUCCCAGCUGAGUAUGUUGGCAUGCUUUCUGGUGUACCAUUCUGUGCCAGAGCCAAAGCAACUGUCAGAAGGAGGAUUGCAAGGGAGUGAAAGUUUUUCCGAGUUGCUGCUGAAAUUUAAAGACCUAAAGAUGCCAGUGAGGGCGUUACUGCGGCUGGCACCGAUACUUCUUGGCAACCCACAAUCAAUGGUACUAUAAUAAAUGGUCAUCAGGCCAGCAGCCUCCUGAGAACCAACAGAAAUCAGCUGAAGUAAAGCCCUGUAACAGUGUCUGGGGAUACUUGACAUGGCACUCAGCAUUCCUCUGCCAUGGUGACAGGCUGAUCAGGGAUGUCCAACUGAUGCCGGGGGACACAGCUCCCAUCAUGCUAGGAGCAGCCAAUUCCAGCCAUUGGAACCCUGAGAACGUUACCCCUCCAGGCUGGAUUAUUUAUAUUAUUAUUUUACCUAAGGUUAAAGUACCUUGCAAUGUUAUGGUAUAAACCUGCUUGAUGUAUAUACUGCAAUGACAGUGAAACGCAAUAGUAACAUGGUAAGCCAAUACAGGGCUUAAGGGAAAACACAAAUAACAAUUUUAAGUGCUCGGAGUGUAUUUUUCUUGCAAUGCAAAAUGUAAAAUGGAUUUUGUACAUACAAUUUUGUUACAAUAAAUCUGUUCUGAAACCCUG